AUGCUGAUGGGUGCGCGCUUGGCUAGGCUUACGCGCGCACCAAGCCCUCCACCAUUCUUCGCCUACGUAGGAAUAUACAUCAUGCUAUCGUGUACCGCCAUGUCAUCAUCCUUUUCUGCAUCGGACGCCGAGAUCCUCACCAAGUUCAAAGCGUCGUUGGCGCAUUCGAAAGCGCUCAAAAACUGGGAUCCUGACGUAAUCCCCUGCGAAGGAAACAGGGGAAAUUGGGUGGGCGUAAUUUGCUUAAACGGUAAUGUUCGGGGUUUGCAGCUUGAAAACAUGGGGCUGAUGGGCACGAUAGACGUGGAUUGUCUCGUUACGCUAAGUUUCUUGAGGACGCUAAGCUUGAUGAACAACACUUUUACCGGUCCGAUUCCGGAUGUGAAGAAACUAAGCGCGUUGAAGUCGCUUUAUUUGUCGUAUAACCAUUUCUCCGGGGAGAUUCCGGAUGCUGCGUUUGAGGGUAUGCGUUCGUUGAAGAAAGUUUUUUUGACGAAUAAUGAGUUUACGGGCAGAAUUCCUUUGUCCCUUGCGUCGUUGCCAAGGCUUAUGUUGUUGGGGCUUGAUGGGAACAAGUUUGACGGCCUCAUACCUGAUUUUCAUCAGAAGAAUUUGAAGAAGUUUAAUGUGUCUAACAAUGAUUUGAAGGGUCCAAUCCCUGCCAGCUUAAGCAAGAUGGAUUCCAACUCUUUUUCAGGCAACGAAGAACUAUGCGGACCACCUCUGGAAUUAUGCGAGUCCCCCCCACCUGUUGUGCAAACGUCGACACCACCACCACCACCAAAGAGGAAGCCACCAGCAUUAAGAACCGCAAUCAUUGCGAUGGGUGUAGCGCUCGUUAUAGCACUCAUCGCUAUACUUUUCUUCAUAUUCUACUUCUACUUCAAACGUCAAUCAUCGUCAUUACAGCGAACCUCAACGCUGAACGAGUUUGUCGCUUCCCAUCCGGAACAGGUGGCGCAUAUGUCGGCGGAAAACAGGGGGCAUACGAGGAAGGCAGAGCAUGGGAAGUUGUCGUUUGUUAGAGAUGACAGGGAGAGGUUUGAUUUGCAGGAGUUGCUUAGAGGGUCGGCGGAAAUUUUAGGAAGUGCAACGUUUGGGUCUUCGUACAAGACAAGGGUGAAUGGGCAAUCCAUUGUUGUGAAGAGGUACAAGUACAUGAACAAUGUGGAAAGGGAAGAGUUUCAUGAGCACAUGAGAAGGCUGGGGAGGUUGAGUCAUCCCAACUUGCUGCCUCUUGUGGCUUAUUAUUAUAGGAAAGAGGAGAAGCUGCUGAUUUCUGACUUUGUUGAGAAUGGUAGCUUAGCUAGCCUUCUUCAUGGCAAUCAUAAUGCAGACCACCCGGCACUUGAUUGGCCAACCCGCUUAAGAAUCAUCAAAGGCGUAGCCAGGGCCAUGGCAUACCUGUAUGAAGCAAUCCCAAGCCUAAUUACACCUCACGGCCAUCUAAAAUCUUCCAAUGUGCUUCUAGACCAGUCUUUCCAGCCCUUAUUGACAGAUUAUGCUCUUUCCCCUGUCAUCAACCUAGACCUUGCUCAACCCAACAUGAUGGCUUACAAGUCACCCGAAUUCGCGCAACAUGGCCGCAUAACAAAGAAGACCGACGUGUGGAGUUUAGGAAUCCUAAUAUUGGAGAUCUUGACAGGCAGGUUCCCAGAGAACUAUCUCACUCUUGUUCAUGACAAUGACACCGACUUAGCGGGAUGGGUGAACACGAUGAUUAAGGAAAAGAGGACGAGCGGAGUGUUUGAUUUAGACAUGGGGGGAGCCAAGAACAUCAAAAGUGAACUGCUAAAGCUUCUCAAGAUUGCAUUGAGUUGUUGUGAGGAGGAUGUGGGGAGAAGGUUGGAUAUCAGGGAGGUUGUUGAGAAGCUUGAACAGUUGAAAGAGGGAGUGAGCGAUAAGGGAGAAUUUUACACCUCAAGUGUUACGAAUGAUAGGGAUGUGCAUGCUUUCAGAGGUGUGUAAAGCAAUUAGUCUGAAGAGCAGGAGAAGAAAUAUCAACUGGUUUCUUUUUUGGGAGGGGAUCUCGGAGUUGGUUUGUAAUGUAGGAAUUGGAACACGACUUUCUU